AUGACGACAUUAUUACGUGAUACAUCCGUAAAGAUAAAUGCGCCGAAUGCUUCAUACUCUUCAGAUAAUUCUACUACUCGAUCAAAUUUGGCAUUUAAAUUGGCUGUGGGAUUAGAUACCUCUUUAAAUUGUAAAAAAUCUAC